AUGGCCCCCGCUCUCGGCUCAGACGACGAUCUCAAGCUCCUGUACGCCAUGUACUCGCUCUCGUCCGGCAAGCCUCGUCAGGCCGACAUCGCUAAAGCCAUGGAUCUCAAGAACACCACUGCUGGCUACCGCGUCAGCGUCAUCAUGGAGAAAUGCAAGGAGAAGUUUGGCGAAAUCGGCGAAGAUGGAAAGUUCUCUGGUGGAGGCCUCCCUGAUGCUGCUCCGGCCACUCCUGCCAAAUCCAAGCGCAAGCGCGAUCCCAAAAGUGCCGGAAAGGCUGCUUCCAAGAAGGCUAAGGUCGAGGAGGACGCUGUGGAGGGCGAGGAGAGUGAUGUCGCUGCCCGGAGCGAGAAGACUGCUGCUGCCAUCAGUUACGAGGAGGCCGUCAAGGCGGAACCUGAAGCUUGA